AUGGCAGAAGAUGUAGAAAAAACUUUAGCAACGGAACUCCGAGAUAGUAAGCUAUCUCUACAACUUGAUGAGUCAACUUUUGGCAGCUCCACUCUUCUCAUGGCCUGUUUGAGAUCUCUAUUUAAUGAGAGACAAAAAUGCUGGAGGAGUAAAGAUGUUACCAUCAUUCAGGACAGGACAGUUUUACUGGAAUUCCUAGGAAAGCUUAGCUUGUUUAGAGUUUCACUGUCAUGUAGAGAACUUCAGUAUUUUUCAACGUACAACAAAUACAAAGUGAAAGCAAUUCUGAUGGGGGACCUAGAGAUGCAUAUGAAUCAUUUGGAGAAUUUAAUUGAAGACUUUAAUGUGCACUUUGAAAACUUGGAAUGGAUGAAAGUGCCAGAUUGGAUCCUAACUCCGUUUGAUGUUGAAAUAAGGAAUGCAGAUAUUGCCUCACACCUGGAGGAGGAAUUCACUGAGAUGACUGUGGACCUGGAAGCAAGUGCCUUGUUCAGAAGAAAAGGUCUCAGUGAAUUGUGGAUCAACGAGAACAACGUUGCUAAAUAUCCUCGGCUUUGUGAAGUGGUUGAGCCAUUUUUACUUGCUUUCCCAAGUUCAUACAUAGCUGAAGCUGGUUUCAGUCAUGCAUACGCAGUCUUAACAAAACAGAUGAGCAGACUGAGCCUGCGAGAACGAAGUGGCCUACGGCUGAAGCUCACCAACCUGCAAACUAAUACCAGUAUCCUUGUUGAGUCCCAUCAGGCACAUCCUUCACACUAA